AACAUAAACAUAAACAUCGGAGCCAAGCCAGAAACAAAAACAAAAACAAAAACAAAACCAAAACCAAAACCCUCUUUUCUUCUCUUUUUCUUUUCUUCGUGAAAGUCCAUGAAAGAGCACCGAAACGGCAGCGUCUAAUCGAGAGAGGAAUUAUGGCUCAGAAGCCUCACUUGCAACUCAAGGAGCUGGGAUCCAAGCUCGAGACCCUUCCCUCAUCCAAAGACGCUCUCGUCAAGCUCUUGAAGCAAGCAACCACAUGCCUUGCUGAGUUGGACCAGUCACCUUCGACUUCAACAUUGGAGUCAAUGAAGCCUUUUUUUAAUGCAAUUGUUAAGCCAGAAUUGCUGAAGCACCAGGAUAGGGACAUCAAGCUUCUAGUUGCAACAUGUGUUUGUGAGAUAACUCGGAUCACUGCACCUGAAGCUCCCUACAGUGAUGCAAUUCUAAAGGAUAUCUUUCAGUUGAUUGUGGCCACUUUUAGUGGCCUAAGCGAUAUCAAUGGUCCAUCUUUUAGCCGGAGGGUUGUUAUAUUGGAGACUCUUGCAAAAUAUAGAUCAUGUGUUGUGAUGUUGGAUCUUGAAUGUUAUGAUCUGGUGAAUGAAAUGUUCCAUAUUUUCUUUGCGGUUGCCAGAGAUGAUCAUACUGAAAGUGUUCUGUCAUCCAUGCAAACUAUAAUGGUGGUUCUCUUAGAAGAGAGUGAGGAUGUCCGUGAGGAUCUAUUAUCUAUUCUACUGUCUAAAUUAGGUCGUGAAAAAAAAGGUAUUAAUAUGGCUGCAAGGAGGCUUGCUAUGAAUGUCAUACAGCAAUGUGUGGGAAAACUUGAACCCAGCAUCAAACAGUUUUUGCUAUCAUUAAUGUCUAACAAGCCGGUGAACAGUCAAGUGGAAUACCAUGGAGUUAUCUAUGAUCUAUAUUGCUGUGCUCCUCAGAUCCUGUUUGGAGUCCUCCCUUAUGUGACUGGAGAGCUACUGACUGACCAGCUGGAAAUCCGUUUGAAAACUAUGAACUUGGUUGGCGACAUAAUUUCUCUCCCUGGAUCUUCCAUCCCUGAAGCAUUUCAACCUAUAUUUUCAGAAUUUUUGAAGAGGUUGACCGAUAGAGUUGUUGAUGUCCGCAUGUCUGUCCUUGAGCAUGUAAAGAAUUGUCUGCUGUUAAAUCCUUUCAGAGCUGAAGCUCCUCAAAUAAUAUCUGCCCUUGGUGAGCGAUUGCGGGAUUUUGAUGAAAAUGUUCGAAAGCAAGUCGUGGCUGUUAUCUGUGAUGUGGCAUGUCAUGCCCUAAAUGCUGUUCCACUUGAAACUGUGAAACUUGUUGCGGAACGGCUUCGUGAUAAAUCUCUUCUUGUUAAAAAGUAUACUAUGGAGAGAUUAGCUGAAGUGUAUAGAGUUGUUUGUGAGAAGAGCAGUGACACUGUCAAUCCUGAUGAAUACAACUGGAUUCCUGGGAAGAUCCUUAGAUGUUGUUAUGACAAAGAUUUCCGAUCUGAUAUAAUUGAAUCUGUUCUAUGUGGGUCCCUAUUUCCUGUAGAAUUUUCAAUCAGUGAUAUUGUUAAACAUUGGAUUGGGAUUUUCUCUGGAUUUGCUAAAGUGGAGAUAAAGGCUCUUGAAAAGAUACUGGAGCAGAAACAAAGGCUACAGCAAGAGAUGCAGAAGUAUAUAUUGUUGAGGCAGAUGAGUCAGGAUAAAGAUAUUCCCGAGGUCCAAAAGAAGAUUCUUUUCUGUUUUAGAGUAAUGUCUCGUUCAUUUGCUGACCACAUAAAAGCCGAAGAGAGUUUCCAGAUUCUGGAUCAAUUAAAAGAUGCUAAUAUCUGGAAGAUUUUGACAAAUCUUGUUGAUCCAAAUACUAGCCUCCAUCAAGCCCGUGCCCACCGGGAUGAUUUGCUUAAAAUACUUGGAGAAAAACAUCGUCUGUACGAAUUUCUGAAUACCUUCUCCGUAAAGUGCUCAUAUUUGCUGUUUAACAAGGAGCAUGUAAAAACAAUUCUUUUGGAAACAGUACCUCAAAAAUCUGCAGAAAAUGCUCAGUGUGCACAAUCUUGCAUGAAUAUAUUGGUGAUAAUUGCUCGUUUCAGUCCAUUGCUCCUACGUGGCAGUGAGGAGGAGCUGGUUAAUUUACUGAAAGAUAAUAAUGAUACAAUUAAGGAGGGUGUUCUGAAUAUUUUAGCAAAGGCUGGUGGUACUAUUCGUGAACAGCUUGCAGUCACAUCAAGUUCUGUGGACCUUAUAUUAGAGAGACUAUGUUUAGAAGGCAGUCGAAGGCAUGCAAAGUAUGCUGUCCAUGCACUGGCUGCAAUAACAAAGGAUGAUGGCCUCAAGUCUCUUUCUGUUCUAUACAAGAAACUUGUAGAUACACUGGAACCGGAAGAUAAAACACAUCUGCCUGCAGUACUUCAGUCUCUGGGGUGUAUUGCGCAGAUUGCAAUGCCUGUCUUUGAAACCAGAGAGAAUGAAAUUAAAGAAUUUAUACUAAAUAAUAUUUUGAAAAUUGAUAGUAAAGAAGAUCAUGCAAGAGCAUCUUGGGAUGAUAAAAGUGAUCUUUGUAUGUUGAAGAUAUAUGGCAUUAAAACAUUUGUAAAGAGCUACUUGCCAGUCAAAGAUGCUCAUGUUCGUCCGAAUAUUGACAGUCUUCUGGAUAUCCUUAGGAAUGUUUUAUCAUAUGGUGAAAUAUCAAAGGAUAUAAAAUCAAAUUCAGUUGAUAAGGCCCAUUUGAAGCUUGCUUCUGCAAAGGCAGUUCUUCAUUUGUCAAGACUUUGGGAUCAAAAGAUAGCUGUUGAUCUUUUCUACUUAACUUUAAGGGUGUCUGAGAUUUCUUUCCCUCAAGCUAAGAAGAUUUUCUUAAGCAAAAUUCACCAAUAUAUCAAAGAUCGCAUUUUGGAUGCCAAAUAUUCUUGUGCUUUCUUAUUCAACAUAUUUGGAUCUAAGCCAGAGGUGUUUGCGGAGGAUAAACAGAACCUGGCUGACAUUAUUCAAUUGCUCCACCAGUCGAAGGCACGCCAACUUUCUGUGCAAUCAGAUGCAAAUUCCUCAGCCACUUACCCUGAAUACAUUCUUCCAUACCUAGUUCAUGCACUUGCUCACAAUUCAUGUCCCAAUGUUGAUGAGUGCAAGGAUGUUGGAGCAUAUGAUGAUAUUUAUCGGCGGUUGCACUUGAUACUGUCAAUGCUACUGCAAAGAGAUGAAGAUGUCAAGUCAGAAGUGAUUACUGACAAAGAGAAGGAAGUUAUAUCUAAUAUCACUUCUAUCUUUAUGAGUAUCAAGCAUUCUGAAGAUAUGGUUGACACAUCAAAAUCAAAGAAUUCUCAUGCAAUAUGUGACCUUGGUUUAGCAAUAACCAAACACUUAGUGCAGAAGGAUGUUGAUUUGCAAGGAUUGUCCCGUUUGGUUUCUCUACCUUCAAUGUUAUACAAAGCAUCUGAGAAUGAAGGAGAUGGCACUGUGGUAACUGAAGUGAAGAGCUGGUUGGCUGAUGAAAGUGUCUUGCCUCACUUUGAAUCUCUUGAACUAGAAAUGGUUCCGUUCCAAUCAGCCAAGGAUGAAGCUUUAAAGGAUGAUGAAAAUGAAGGAAAUGAAAUACCUCUGCAAAAGAUGUUAAAGCACAUAAAAUCUCAGGGAACCAGUGGCAAAAAGGUGAAACGGAAGAAGUUUGUGCCAACUGAAACAAAAAAGACUGAAAAUGGUUUUGACGUCUUAAAUAUAGUCAAACAAGUUAACUUGGAUAACUUGGGGACAUCUGUUAAUUUUGAGCCAAGUAAUGGUCAUGAACAUUCCUUGAGUAAGAAAGCACUGAAGGAUCCAGAGUCUGCAACGGGUAAAAAGAGAAAACCUGGAGAAACAACACCUGUUCCAGUGCCUAAACGCAGGCGGUCUUCCCCUGCUCACGGGAAAUUGAGAUUAUCAACUAGUAUAUCAAAGGCUUCUCGAAGAGCUUCUGGAGAUGUCUCCCCUCAAUCCAAAUUACUGCUGGAUGAAGUUAACCCUGAUGCAGAUAGCAAAACCCUGCAGAGAAAUUUGGACAAAGGCAGUGAGAAAGAUUUGUUAUUAUCCUCGUUAAAGCAAAAAGUUAAGGGUUCUGACAGUUACUAUAAUGACGAGUCGAACAAACCUGAUGAGCAAGGCAUGAUGAGUCCUGAUAGUAUAAAACUAAGUGAUAAGACUGUAAGUAACAAUUACAAGUCUUCCACAGGGUCCACUAAAAAGGGGAAAAGAAAAAGUAUUGCAGGAUUGGCCAAGUUUGAUUUGAUUGACCAUGUGCGGUGCACAACAAAGGAAGGUGAAAUUGAUACUGAAGAUCUAAUUGGUUGCAGAAUCAAAGUUUGGUGGCCUAUGGAUAAAAAAUUUUAUGGAGGCACCAUUAAAUCCUAUGACCCUUUGAAAGGGAAGCAUGUGAUAUUAUAUGAUGAUGGAGACGUAGAAAUACUCCGAUUGGAAAAGGAACGUUGGGAGCUUAUUGACAAGGGCCGCAAAUCUAUUAAGAAGAUAAAAUUCUCUUCACUUGAAGCUGCUGGGCAAAAGCAUAAAGGUUCUAGUGGCUCAGCAAAUAAAAGGACAAAAAAAAUAAUUUUGCCUUCUAGAAUCAAUGGUAAACAAUCUCCCAGCAAACCUAUAAAACGUGCAUCAAAAAAUAAUUUCCAUCAAGAGGAUGCCAAAGAGACCUCAGAGACAUCAAAUCCUGAAGAGACCACGACCUUUAAAGCUGAUGCAAUGUACUCGGGUGAUUCAGAGGAGGAAUUUACUGGAGGGUUCAGUGAGAUCAUGACAAAGGAGAAGAAGUCUAACAAAAGUAUGAAAUCAGUCUCCAGAGGGAAGAGGCUAAAGAAAGAGAAGAACUUUCUAUAUACAGAAGAAUCAGAUGAAGAGAAGCAGGAUUAUAGUGAGAGACUUUCUGAAGAUAGAGCGAGUGUCCCACAAGGUAGUUCAGAAGAGAGAGAAGUGGAUGAAACAAGUGGAGCUUUGAGGAAAAAUAUUAAUGGAGAAGAAGAAUCAGAUUCUGAAGGGCAUCGAGAUAACAGCGAUGCUGUCAGUAGUCCUAUAGAAAUGGAGAAAUUACAUGUAGAGCCAUCAAAAACUCCUGAUGAUAAUGACACAAUAGCUGAGAUUUCUGAUGAUGUGCCUCUGUGUAAAUGGAAGCGUAGGACGGGGAAGAAAAGCUCAGGGAAACAAUACUGAGCUGUUAAGCUGUUAUUUGUCUGUCAAGAUUGCAGCGGAGUGGAUGCUGUGGUACAAGUACAGGUGUCAGCGUGAAUGAUGACUGCCAAAUUGAAAAUCUUUAGUUAUUAACAUACUAAUAAAUAUGCUUAGCAUGUCUUGUAGCCACCAUGUAGAAAGUAUAAAAUAACAGCAGUCAUCCCCAUGUUUAUAAGGAUAAAAAAUGUAGACACUUGUGGUUUUUUUAGGACUAUGUUCCUGCUAAAUGACCUUUUAUUAGUUCAGGAGAUAGGUUUAGCAUAUGAUUUGUGUAGGUGUCGUUCAUCCCUCCAACACAAUUGAUAUACUUGACUCGGGAAAUCAACAAUGUGUACAGAUAUACGUGGGGAUAAUUGCAUAUGUAUCUUUAGGACUUCAGCAUAUUUGUACUUCACCGGAUACAAUUGAAAAACCUGACUUUACCAUCCUGUGCUUAAUUUAUAUUAAAUCAGUUACACCGAAAA